AAUACCGAGCGAUGGGAGAGCAUCCAAAAGGUGCGAGGGAGUCGGAGAGCGACAUGAGGCGAGGCUCACUGCGCCGACUUGAAUGCGCGGAGACGACGAAGCCCCACGACGAAGUUGACAUGGUCGAAUCUUGCAUGACGACGCCCUCUUUACCCCCUCCCCACGACGACGCUGAUGCCGAUGACGAUGGCGAUGGCAACGAAGACGACGACGACGAUCGUGUGCCAGUCAGUCACCACGCCCCCACAAUGUUCGAUUGAGCACGGCGCUGUGGAGAUGGUGGUCGUGAUGGUGGUGGUGGUGGUGGUGAAGGAUCGGAGGGGUGGGUGAUGCGAUUCGGGUGCCCGUGAAGGCUGAGCUGGGCUUUGCAUCGUCGUCGUCGUAGGUGUCGUUAUCGUAGUCGUUUCGUUGCAGUGGUGCAGUGGGGGUUGGGAAGAUGCCGUCGCGGGCUAGAGCAGUAGCUCUCAUGAGCCCCUACGCGCGACUGCGCCUGCGCCAGCGCUUGCUCCGUAUAAAGUGGCCUUGACGCGUGACUUGAUGUGUCGCGCUUGACUGGAGCUUCGUCCCUCUUGGAUCAGUUGGUGUUCUGGGAUCGUCGGCGAAGUGCUGGGUGUCGAAGUCGGGACUUGCAUGUGGGUGCGUGACUGUCUUGUGCUACUAUCAAAGGUUUGGGUCCGCUGCAGUUUUCGGGUGACCUUGGGAGAAGGCAUUUACUCGAGGCCCACGAGCAUUGCGCAGCUGUGGCGCUGCUCUAGACUUGCGGUUUUUUUUAUGUCGAGAAGAGGGUUAUGUAGUCCAGGGAACGUUACGAAGGAAGUUGACUUUUCUCGCGGGUGUACAACACUUGAUUGAACCCUGCAAGACUGCUACGGCGUUUUUGGCGUUCCGGUUGCCAUGGUAAGGAUUCUUGAAUUACGGAGGUGAAGCUACAAUUGAUCGACACAUUGACCAUGGGUUCAGUGGAAUUUCAUCGUCAGGGUAAUCAAGAUCUGGCGGAAAAGGAUGUCCACUACGAAGAGGAGUACAUUGAGUGCUGGGAGACAAAGCGUUUCACGUGCCGGUGGCUGCCUGUGCAUCAGGAGAUCAAGGCACUCGUCUUCUUGUGUCAUGGAUACGCCAUGGAGUGCAGCGUUUUUAUGAGAGAGACUGGAAUUCGCUUUGCACAAGCGGGAUACGCCGUGUUCGGCAUCGACUAUGAAGGGCACGGCAAAUCGGACGGUCGGCGAUGUUACGUGGAGAGCUUUACAGCCCUUGUGAACGAUACCAUCGCCUUCUUCAAAAGUAUACGAGCAGAGAUGGAAAUUUACGGGAACAAGGCGAGGUUUCUGUAUGGUGAGUCAAUGGGUGGUGCUGUAGUUCUCUACAUCCAUCGCAAAGAACCUCAAGAAUGGAGUGGUGCAAUUUUGCAAGCUCCCAUGUGCAAAAUCUCUGAGAAAGUGAAGCCGCCAGCAAUCUUUACCUCAAUUCUACUCAAGCUCGCAGAGUAUAUUCCAUCCUGGAAGAUUGUGCCGUCUGCGAAUAUCAUUGACAACGCCUUCAAGGACCCGAUCAAGCGCCAAGAGAUUCGGGCUAACCCACUCAUCUACCAACAACUGCCGCGAGUGAAGACCGCCGUUGAAUGCCUCAAGGCGAGCGAGGACCUUGCGAAGCAUUUGGAUGAGGUGACGCUACCCUUCUUGGUGCUUCAUGGAGAGGAGGACCGCGUGACAGACCCUAACAUUAGCCGAGAGCUUUUCCAAACAUCCAAGAGCUGCGACAAAGAGUUCAAGCUCUACCCCGGCAUGUGGCACGGUUUGACAGCAGGCGAGUCAGAUGACAACAUCGAGCUUGUGUUCAACGACAUCAUCCGUUGGUUGAACAAUCGCAGCCCAACCAACGCCAGGGACAGUCCUCUUCGACACGCAGACGUUGAAUCUGCCAUGGAAUUCACAACACCAUCGAAACUGCAAGAUAAGGAAUUACCCAAAGCCUGCAGAGUUGCAGCUCAAGCAUGCGGUUGAUUUUCCUCCGCAUUUAUUCUCUUCUUACAAUCAUUGUGUAAAUUAAGCUCUAAAAAACCAUAGCAUCACACCAUAAUGCAGAGGGUUAAUAAAAGGUCCUCACAAGGAAUAGGUUAGUUUAAGGUCUCAGGACCUGGUAGAACAAUGACAUUCACAAAACUGAUCAUGUACAAUACAAUUCCACGACUUGAAUUCGUUGCGUGGCGUCCCGCCGAUAACUUUCGCCCUCCAUAUACGGUGACUAACUAGAAACAAAAUCCAACUCACAUCUAAAACCUAAUCAAAGACACGGUGACCUCUUAAAUCAGCGAUUAAGGUUCUAGUUCCGUUUCGGCACCUACCAUGAGUGAUGUACUAUCAAUCGACGUGUAAAUUGGGGGCGUUGUACAUGAAGUAGAUACGAAAUCCUGUUGAGUGGGAUAACCAACUGACCACGUGCAGUCAGUUUGUUGGCUUGUCAACUCUCCUCUUGUUUUUUUGUGCAACACUGUACUGCAGAUUCUUUGUCACGUUCA